AUGCCGACCAUGAAGAAGCCAGCAGCUGACAAGGGCAAGGGCAUGUACAACACAGUGAAAAGGCCAGCAGCCGCCGCCUUGCCUGUGGACAGGGAAAAGAAGGCAAAACAUGGAGAAGAAGAGCCAGAGGAAAGUGAAGCAGAAAGCCAGGUUCAGCCACCUUCUUUGACAGAAGAAGCUUUGCGCAACCACCAGAGGUUUUUGAAAGAGAUGUCCAAGUUCAAAGACAUGUCCCAGGAUGGUUUUGAAAAGGCUCUUGAAAAGCUCCCAACAUCAACCAGGGAACACCUGUGGAAAGCCUUUGAGGCAUCCAGGAAAGAGACUGGUACUGAGAAGGAAUACAAAGAUGCUUGCUCAGGGGCUGGAGCCCUCAGGAAAAAGAAGGCUUUGUUGAGAGGGUGGGUGCUGGACAAAGGCACUAUUGGUCAAUGCUACAGGCAAAGCAUCACCACAAUCAGCAUGAACUACAAAGAAGGGUUGGAAGAAUCCUGGUUCACAAAGCAAGAAGCUUUGCAGAAGUGGGGGCCAGAGGAAUUGAAAGAGCGCCUCAAGAAAGGCACCAUAGAAGCUCGAAGGAACCCCUUGGACAAGACCUACUUUGAGUUCAAGUCUGUAGUUCACAAGAAGAGCAAGAUGGCUGAGAGAAACAAGGUUGCUUCCUAUGGGACCAACCAGCUCAAGGUCGAGCGCAAGAAGUUGGAGGCCAUGGAAGCCCUCAAGCUUGAGAACCUGCAAGAAGCAGACUUUGAGUUAGGAGGUGGAUCUGAAGACUGUUCUGAUGAUGAUGAUGAUGAUGAUGAUGAUGAUGAUGAGAGCAUGGACCCAGACCUCAACAAGACCCUGGGGAUCAAGGAUGCCAAAGACAAAAAACCAAAGAAAGAGAAUGUUUGGGAAGUGGCCAGCAAGGUGGCUGAAGAAGACCAAGUGCCAGACUUAAAGGGCAAGUUCAUCAAGUUCAAAGCUGAGCUGGGGAAAGAUAUGAACACAGUGGAACUGAAGGUCCAUGACUUGAGGGAGAAGAAAGAAGCCAAAGGGCUGGUAAAGGAAGCUUUGGCUGCAGUGGGGAGGUGCAAACCAAUCGUGGCCAACUUGGAAAAGAAGCUCAAGGGCAAGUUCACUCGCUCAGAGGCAAAGAGUGAUUUAGAAAAUGCUUUCAAAGCCUUGGGCAUUUUGAAAACUGUGAAAGCACAGGUCUUCAAAGCCUUGAAGGAUUAA